CUACAGACACACAGCUCAUCAGCUCAUCUGAUGGUCCUCACUUUAUCUCAGCCCGGUUUAAAGGGACCUGAUUCCGCGCCGAAAUGCCUCCCAAAGAGCCACAACUGACUGGACUACAAGCACUGACUGCAGCUAAAUGAGAUCCUAGUAUGCACUAUGCAACCACUUUUCUGCUAGAAUGGAAAUGUUGCUGAGGGGAAACCUGAGGAGAGGAGUGGGGCUUUGUCUUCUGCUGCUGGCGCUCACACACGAGGCCACAGGCCAGAGAAGAAAGACAGGACACAGGAACAACUACAGGCUGCGUGAUGAUGGAGGAAAUGGUUUGACAUGUUCGCUGGAGGUGGCGUUCAUCCUGGACAGCUCUGAGAGUGCAAAAAUAUUCCUGUUUGAGAAGCAGAGGGCCUUCGUCUUGAGCUUCAGCACGCGGCUCGCCAUGCUGCAGGUCGCUGGCUGGACGAUGAAGGUGCGAAUGGCUGCACUUCAGUACAGCAGCUCCGUGUCCAUAGAACACCGAUUCUCCGCCUGGAAAGACCUGGAUUUGUUCCACGGUCAAGUCAGCACCAUGAACUACAUCGGCCACGGCACCUACACCUCCUACGCCAUCACCAAUGCCACACAGCUGAUGGCACAGGAGACGCUGUCCACCAGCGUCAGGGUGGUAGUGCUGAUGACGGAUGGGGUCGACCAUCCUCGCAGCCCCGAUGUGAUUGCAGCAGCAGCAGAGGCCAAAGGUUAUGGCAUAAAGUUCUUUGCUGUAGGGUUGUCAGACAUCGCCCAGCAGAGUCAGAAUAACGCCAAGCUCCGGGCCAUCGCCAGCGCACCCCCUCAGCAGUUUGUCCAAAGUCUUCUUGAUACUCAACUGGAAGAGAAGCUGCUCAGAGAGAUGGCUGUGGUUGCAUUUGACGGGUGCCCACAAGCCCAAGUGUGUUUGUGUGAAAGAGGAGAGAGAGGCCCUCCAGGAAGUCCGGGUAGAAAAGGAGACCCAGGCUUCAGGGGGCCACCUGGUCCAAAAGGAGCAAGGGGGGACCCUGGUCUGAACGGUCGACCUGGAAAUGAUGGUCCAGAGGGUCGUCCAGGUUACAAGGGCAACAAGGGGGAGAGAGGAGACUGUGGCACUCCAGGGGAAAAGGGGGACACUGGACCUGAGGGACCUCCAGGCCCACAAGGCUUACAAGGCGAACCGGGUUCAACAGGACCACUCGGAGAUAUGGGUCCUGAGGGCCCAGCAGGACCAAAAGGAGACCGAGGACCCAGUGGUGUUCCUGGACCACCAGGGGAAAUUGGUAUUGGAUUCCCAGGAGCCAAGGGUGAAAAAGGUAUUCAGGGAAGACCAGGUCUCACAGGCUCUGUCGGGAUAGGAGAACCAGGAUUACCAGGUCCCCCAGGACCACCUGGAGCACAAGGAAACCCUGGACCACCUGGAGAGGGGUUUCCAGGACCGAAGGGUGAUCGAGGAUAUGAGGGUCCAAGGGGCAAUCGUGGACUUCCUGGUGUUGGGGUCAAAGGUGACAAGGGCAAUCUUGGACCACCUGGGAUUCCAGGUCCCAUCGGUGCUCCUGGGGUAGGACUUCAAGGAGAAAAGGGUGAUCAGGGUCCAAUUGGACCGGCAGGACCCAGAGGACCCCCAGGUAUCGGAAUAACGGGACCUAAGGGGAAUCAGGGCCUCACAGGUGAGCCUGGACUGCCAGGUGAGAGAGGAGUGGGAGAACCAGGACCCAAAGGUGACCCAGGGGCCGAGGGCUUACCAGGUAUACCAGGUCAACCAGGGGAGGAUGGAGCCCCAGGACAAAAGGGUGACAUUGGGUUACAAGGUCCUCGGGGACCUGACGGGCCUCCUGGUAAAGGCGUCCCUGGAGAGAAGGGAGACAGAGGUGACAGGGGGACCAGAGGCCUUCUAGGUCCAGUUGGUCCUGUGGGGCCAAUGGGGCCAAAGGGGGAACCAGGAAUUUUGGGGCCACCAGGUGCAACUGGACCACCAGGGAGGGGUAUAGCUGGUGCCAAGGGAGAACAGGGUCCACAAGGUGGACCUGGACCUAUGGGAGAGCCAGGGACGGGUUUAACUGGACCUAAGGGUGACAGAGGGCCACCAGGACCUGCUGGUCCACCUGGACUGAAAGGUGAAGGCUUCUCUGGCCCUCCAGGACUUCCAGGGCCUCCUGGGUUAACAGGAGAGACUGGACCAGAAGGUGUUGGCUUACCUGGACCAAAGGGAGACAGGGGCUUGCCUGGACCUCCUGGGCCUGCAGGACCACCGGGAAUCGGUCUGAUUGGUCCUAAGGGUUCAGCUGGUCAGAUGGGACCACCCGGUCCACAGGGGUUACCUGGAGAGGGCAUUCAAGGACAAAAGGGGGAGCCUGGAUUUCAGGGGAUCCCCGGCCCCAGAGGUCCUCCUGGACAAGGUCUGCAAGGGGACAAGGGGGACCGAGGGUUCAGGGGUGAGAAGGGCAAAAAGGGAGACAUAGGAGAACCUGGAGAUCCAGGAGCCACCGGACCUUUGGGUAGAGUGGGACAGAAGGGAGAGCCUGGACUCACAAGGGAUGAAAUCAUCAAAAUAGUGAGAUCCAUAUGCAGUUGUGGAGUGGUCUGCCGCCAAAACCCCUUGGAGCUUGUUUUCGUGAUUGACAGCUCAGAGAGCGUCGGCCCCGAUAACUUCAACGUGAUCAAGGACUUUGUGAACGCCCUGAUCGACCGGGCUUCAGUCAACCGAGACACCACGCGGGUCGGCAUGGUCCUCUACAGCCACAGCAACGUGGUGGUGCUCAACCUCAGACAGGAAACCACACGUGAUGAGAUCAAGUCUGCUGUGCGCUCCAUGACCUACCUGGGUGAGGGUACGUUCACCGGCAGUGCCAUCCAACAGGCCAACCAGGUGUUCAAGGCAGCGCGGCCAGGUGUGAGGAAGGUGGCCAUCAUCAUCACAGACGGGCAGGCCGAUAAGAGGGACUCGGUCAGUCUGGAGAGCGCAGUGAUGGAAGCUCAAGGAAGCAACAUCGAGAUGUUUGUGAUCGGCGUGGCGAACGAGAGUGAUCCUCUGUACGAAGACUUCAAGAAGGAGCUCAACCUCAUGGCCUCUGACCCCGACAGCGAACACGUGUACCUGAUCGAUGAAUUCAAAACACUUCCAGCUCUUGAAAGAAAACUGCUGAGUCGAAUCUGUGAAGACGGAGAAAGACACAUGUUCAGCUCCAUCCCGAGCUCCAGACUCCCACCAGGAAUCCCCGAGGUGUCCGGUAACGUUCGGGAACCCCCGUACAGGACGGACACAGACACACCCACCUUCACAGGAGACUUCAGGAGAGUUCAGAUGGUGCCCGGCCCUCCAGCCUCUAAACCCAACAGAGAGCCCAUCACUCCACAGAGAUCCAAGCCAGACGACAGAACCUCCACAGAAACUCAGAGAUUUCCGUUCUUCGACUGGGAGCCCUUCAGACCAGUGACAGAGUUCCUCCCACAGUUUGAGGUGAAGAACCCCUCACACCAUGUCGUGAUGACCGGAGCUAUCGGGCCGGCUGGUCCCACUCUGAAGGCCCCGUCUGUGGAGAAGACGCCGCCGCCAUCUCGGCCGACUCCCCCGCUGCUGCCCUCAGACACCUACGUAUCAGCGGAGCGGUGCAGCCAGACCCUGGACCCGGGACCGUGUCGUGACUACGUGGUGAAGUGGUACUACGAUGCCACAGCUAAUUCCUGUGCUCAGUUCUGGUUCGGCGGCUGUCAAGGAAACAGCAACCAGUUUGAGAAUGAGAAGAGCUGCAGAGAAACCUGCGUGAAGGUGUAACACGCACAGGCCUGUGGUCACGAUGAUGCACGAAACUGCUCUGACUUCACAUGUGACUUUGCCAUAAAGUUCACUUGGACUUCAGUGCCUUAGUAUUUUUCUUAGCUCCUUUGACGAGGAUAGGGACAUUAAUGGCAUAAAAAAAAAGAAAAAAGAAAUGGUAUAAAAGAAUCAUUUAAACAAAAUUAGCCUAAGAAGGACUUUUAGGUUUUAAAUUGUUCAGUAUUAUUAAAUGUGCUUUUUUCUUUCUGUUGGUCGGAGGGAUUUCUGUGUUAGCUGUGUGAACAAAGCUAAAACAGAAACAUCAUGUCUGUGAUGUUACUUACACUCUGUUGAGCAGUUCUGUAAAAUAAAACAAACUUUUUAACCACUAACAUUCCUGUUCAGAAACAUAACCCUUUUGUAUAAUUCAAUUAUGUAUUUUUUAUGUCUUAAGUUUUUUUUUAAUGUUUAUGUUUUUUAAUACUGUGUAAUGUCAUUAAAGAAAAAAAACAAAGCAAAUAAACUUUUUAAGCUCAUUCACUGAAGGUGAAAUGCUGCUGAAUU